UUUCCACCAGAUUUGAUCUCCAAAAUAAAAGAGCCAAGCGCAAAUUUCUCUCUUUUAAUUAGAGCUUAGUUAGCGCCUGAGGUGUAUAACCUUACAUUAACUCGUAUAAGAGGAGAGUGGAGCUUGUAGGCUUUGGAGGAUUUUACCCUGUAAGUGUGAACAAGUUUUAAGCAGAAAAAGAAAGACGCCGUGGAGAAAAAAAAGACUGUAUAUGGUUCUUAAACGUGUCUUUGUUCUUUUAUGGGGGAAAUGGGCCAAACAAGCUGUCAAUCUUUUAAAAGGAGCCAUGAUGGAUCACUGGAGUCACUGCAAUGCCUUUCCCCCCUUGCCUGAUUCGGUGUCUGUCAGCAGGGUUCACUCAGUCCGAACGUGUUUUAAUAAUAAGCCAGUUAUUUAAGCAGCUACAAAAAGUGUAUUUUCAGUAUAGAAAUUAGCUUCAUUCAUGUCAUUUAGAACAGAGAAUUAAACAAAGUGCAUGAAAAACAAAUGAUAUCACAAUUAAAACAGCUGCAGGCCAUAAAUUAAUAGAAAAGGUUAUUUUAUAUUAUUUGUUCAAGAGUAAAAUAACUCGAAAAAAGUAACUUUUUUGUUAUUAUCAUUUUUAUUAUCAUUUUUUUCUCAUAUUCAUUUAUCAUUUUUUCUUCCUGUAACACUGUGGCCUGAAAAUGUGUCCUCCUGUUUGCGUUCCUAUCAGAUGGAUGAGCGAGUUUGAUUGAAGCAUUUGUCAUGUAAAUGCGAGGCCGUUUGAUGGACGAGUCUGCAGACUUGACAGAGUGCUGUAGGUCCCUUGCCAUUGGCGUUUGGCGGGUCACAUGGUGUGUCAGGAAGGUGAUAUGAGGGUGGAAGGCAGUUUUACAGCUUUGACAUACUACCUAGAAGGUUAGGGCAAAGGGAGCACCGAUUAAUGACUGCACGGUCUUGAUCAGUUCUGAACAAACGGCAGGCCCAGGUUCAGGAUGAACUCAUACUUAGAUUACCCCGUGUGCAACCGGGGAGCAAAUAUUUUCAGCGCAAAGGCCGGAUACCACAACUUAAACCAUGGAUAUACAUCCUCCAACUCUUGCGCAACAAGUGAUAGUUACGCACCGGACGGACGUGUAAUGGUCGCAACUUCGGCGCCCCACCAGACUUCGAGCCUCCCUCUGCACCACCAGAACCACGUAGGCUUGGACAUGCCGUUCGCGGGACCGGGCAACUCCGUGUAUGGCUCACCUCUGGAGUACGGACAUCACCAGUACGGCCUCGCCCCCGAGCAGGACCGGAGCUUUAUCCAUGCACAAGUCUCACCCCUCGCCACAAACAUGGCUCCCUAUACCGGGGACAGUUGUGGGCCUGGGGUUGCACCGGGAGGCCAGUAUCUGCAUUUUGGCAGCGGGGAUCAGAGGCAGCAAGAAUAUUCAGAAAGUGUUUACGCAAGGUUACCGCCUCCAUGUAAGGAAAGGGAUUUGGAGCAUGUAGAGGAAACUUCGAAAACUUUCGACUGGAUGAAAGUGAAGAGGAAUCCUCCCAAAACAGCAGUCGUGUCGGAGUUCGGUGUUCCCGGCCAGCACAACGUGAUCCGCACUAACUUCACCACCAAGCAGCUGACCGAGCUGGAGAAGGAAUUCCACUUCAACAAAUACCUAUCGCGGGCAAGGCGGGUGGAGGUGGCGGCCAGCCUGGAGCUCAAUGAGACGCAGGUGAAAAUCUGGUUUCAGAACCGGAGGAUGAAGCAGAAGAAACGGGAGAAACUGGGCUGUGUUUUAGUCAACACCCCGGCACCAACGGAGAAACUUUCCACCUCUGAAGCCUCCCCAAAGACACAAGAGAAAAACUAAACCGUGACUAAAAAUAUAACUGGAGGCCCGAGCAGAGUUUUUCACAUUUUCCCCAAAAUUGCACCAUUCCAGAAAAAAAACUGAAAAUUGCUUGUGGACUUGUGAACUAUACAGGGUAGGCAGUGUCUGCUUGUAGUCAUUUAAUCUUUCUAUUACACACCUCCAUGCUGUUUUUUUCUUUGUUUGUUGGCGCACUGAUGUACUCAGUGUUACCGUUUGCACUAUUUAUUUACAGGGUAUUUUCCAACAGUUGUUGAAACAAUUUAGCUUAAUAAAGUCUAUAAAAUGCAAUAAGAGUUGUAUUUGUUGCGUGUGUGAGUGUGCAAUAAAAUAAAAACAAAAAAAGAGUAUCUAGAUAAUUCUGAUUCAGUCCAAUCAAACUUUAAAUUCUGAUAGAGAAUUUGUUCUGUUUCACUGUGUAAAAUAAAGUUAUGUGUGGUUUUAAAAACUUAUUCCCCCCCCCCUGUAUGUUUACCUCUAUUAUUAGUCCCCUUGCAUAAUGUGACAAGAGGAAUCUUUCACAACACAUGGGGUGGUUCUCAGUGACCUUUUCACCUCGAAAUACCUCCAGGGGCUCUAAACAUGACAACAAACUCCAGGGAGGCAGGUCUCAGGCUCGAUUUGUUACCCAAAUUCUGCCGGGACACAGGUUGUCACAGGUUGUCACUGAAGUCCAUUUGUAUCUUAUAAAAUUUAACAAUCUUUCUUUUAAAAUGAUGAAAUCAAUUAACCUCUCAGCGCUUACUCUGGUUUCACCUUGAGCCAAAGGCUCGCCGGACCUGACCGCCUACUUUCUUGUGAUGUUGAAGGGGCAGCAGUUUCAAUAUUUGCACUGGGUGUUAGGUUUGCACACAGUUUCUGCCCCAACAGCACUGGCCUGUUGCUGCCCCUUUCCCCAAAGCUGAGGUUCACACAGAGUUCAGGCACAAAUGAAUGCAGAGUCAAUCUGUCAAGACACCAGAGAGGCUCAGAGAAGUGCGCUCUAAGUCUCUCAGAUCUUUGCAGGUAUUGCUUUUAAUAUUGAGACUAAUAAGGUUGUAGGUCAUUUAGGUUGUGCUCCAGAUUGUGCAAACUUUAAUCUCUCCGAGGCUGCUCAAAAACAAGUUUUAAGGAAAUGGAAAUCAUUUGAAAUAUAUCUGCAUGAGUAUGCAGUCCUCUGACAACUAUAUUAAAAAUUGAUACAGUCCUACGAAUAGAAGUUACAGUUGAAAUACCAUACGGCCCAUUACUGUAAAUUAGAAAAGGAGCAGAGAGGUUUGGUGACAUGCAUUUCUUUACAAACCAACAGCCUGCUCUUCAGAUGAGUCGCAAGGCCAAGGACUGGGAAGGCGAUAAUCUAUAAGGUGAAUAGUGACAGAUUCAACAACAAAAAAGGGGGACGGUGUGGAAAACAAGUGUGGGACUUCAUUCCAGAGGUGCGAUCUCUGCCAUCUCUGUAGGUAAUACCUCAGCGCUCCCAGCGGGCUCUCCAUCUGGAGGUGUCAGAGUCGGUGCUGCAGCCAACACCACGGAGACAGAUGUUCAGCUGGGGGAGAGGAGAAAGGAGGAGGAGGAGGAUGUUUUUCACCUUCGGAUCAGUUCAGCCCUCUUCGCCUUCGCCCGGGGAAUGUAGGACAGUGAGAGGAGAGGAGCACAGAAUGGUUAAUGAACACAAAAGGAACACAAAGAAGAAACUGUUACAGGCGCAAAUAUAGUCGAAACUAUUAAUAGCUCCAGCAAAAACAGCCUCCUUUUCUUUCCUCAGAUGUCUUUAGCCGGCACGUCCGCCCCCCUCCCUGCACUUUGCUUGAGGUCAACCCAGUGCUGUUUGUACCCCAUGCUGCUCGCAGUUGUUGCAGGCUCUUUUACAAGUCUAUUGCCAGGCUCACUUCCUUGGUUUUCUACCAGUUCCUCUGUCGCAUGUCACUCUGCAGGGUCCCCGGGCUUCAAAGGAAAACUAGAUACAGUAUUCAUGGCAUAACCGGGGGUUGGUCAUCCAAAAGAUACCACAGAGGGAAGAUAUCAAACACAGCUUUGAGGGAUAACACCAUUUUAUCUUGUACUGUAAGACACAGACAUCAAAAUAAAUGGAUGAAAGAAAUUUGGUUCUGUUCAGUUUCUUGAAAACUUCUUAGAAUAUUUAUCAAACCUAACAAAUUACAGUUCAAACAAGGACUCAUUUUCCAUCUUUGUCCUGUUUUUUUUUUUUUUUAAAUGCUAUUGACCUUUAUUAAGAUCGAGACCAUAAAUUAAUGUCUAACCAAAGAAAUGGAAGAACUAAAAAUAGGUGUAUGGAAUCAGAAACUUAAGGGGAAACAGCUCUGUGCACUGAAUCUUCUUUUAUUUAUUAUUUGAAAUAAAUAUAAACAUCUUCAGUUUUAACAUUUCUUAACUUUCUCUGUCAGUCUGGCACUACAAUGAAUUUGUUCGGCUUUUGUGCUGCUGGCUACACAAAAUAAGACAUUUGAUGUCAUCUCUGUGGGAUAUGUGAAAUUAGAAAAAGCAUUUUUCUCCAUAUAAAACGUCUCUUUGGUUUCCCAUUGGCUCUGAGAGGGGUCUCUCCUCCUCCUUAGUUUAUGAGGACUGUUUGGGGGCAGUUUCUCUCUUAAGCUCAUCCAUCCUUGAAACUUAUUAAUUUACCGAUUCAAAAAAAAAUCUACAGCUUAAUAGAUUGUUUGCAUAUGUAAGUUUCACUUCAUGAUUGUAUCAGUUAAUGGUGUUGUCACAGUAUCUUUAGCAUCAAUGCAAUAAGACAGAUUUAUAGCAUUUUGUAUUUUCUGGCAAACAAUUAAGAAUGAAAGCAUUACGGAGGUGGAACUAUAACUGUAGAAAGAGCAGAUAAAAAUAAUAAUUACACAGUUAUUAGCAGUGUUAUAUGUGCAUUAUUAACACAGUGUUUCACCCCUUAUAUGAAGCACGACUCUUGGACGCUGAGGUGAAAUGCUUUGAUGACAUCACUCCGUGUGCAGACAUAACUGGGUUUAAAUGUAACAGGCAUAUUUUUAUAAUUAGCAAUGAUGAGAAAAACAGACUUUUAAACACUUCUUAAAAAGGUGUUUAAAGAAAUUAAAACCAAACUUGCAUAUGCAUUUUUUUUAUUGUUAUCAAAAUUCAUUUGAGGUGUUUGAUCUGUGAAAUUCAGUAGUUUUUUCCCCUUUUUAAAAAAUUAUGUUGGUGUUUAUACCCUCAUUGUUGUAGGAGGGAAACAAAACUAUGAUAAACAAUUACAUUUGAAAGUCUUAUAAUCUGAGUAGAUAUGGGUUGGUACCAGUGUACUGCCGUACCCCUAAUUCUUUUUAUUUUCAUGAUUUCUUUCACAGUUUUUGGAGGUUUGUGGAGAGGGGCUGCCUGGGUAUGAGUGGCACGCUCUUUGUUUUGGCACUGAGGCUCUUUAUAGCCAAGCCUGAGACAUUCUUGACAACCAUCCCCCAUCCGAGUCAGGCUCGAUUGGAUCUGGAGGCGCUGGCCGACCUGAAGCUCCCGUCUCCCGGGUCCCACUGCGACUGCAUCCUUUCCCCACUCCAUCAGCAUGGUAACUGAGAGAGACAAGUGACUUGGCCAGGGUUAACGUCUUAAUACUCCCCGGGAUUGCCUCCAGGAUCCAAAUGGCUACCCCUAAUAGUUUUCCUCCUCUGUGUGCCUGUCAGACCGCCAUGACUAUAUGCCGUAAGAAAAACAAGACUAGCUGAGAGGCAGCGUAACGAGGCAGCACGAUGAAAUAAUGAGGGGUGGUGAGGAAGAAGAGAAAGCUUUGGUGUAAAGACGCAGGUACGAAGUGCUGCCUGAUACUUUGCAUGGAAAGCUUGCACACUUGAAAUUAAACCAGCUCUUUUCCUUAAAGCCCAGGAGGGGGGAAACCAGAACUCAAUCAGUGUCACGUCACAUGGUUCAAAGCGGCCAAUUCGAUGCUGCCAGGAGGCUGAGAAAUGCAAGGUGACAGUUCAUUUUACCAGUGACAGUGUGUCGGUCUCGCUUGCUGGUUCCACAGUCAAUUCCCAGCGAGCAGUGAAGGUUGAGUGUUGCUGUAGACAGACAGCAGCUUACCACCCUCCCCUCACACCACCACCUUCCUCCUCCUCUUCCUCCUCACCGCCGCUCUCUCAUCGACCCUGCUCUGCUUUGUAUUCCAAUUAACUGGACAGAGGGAGAGGCGGCAGCGUUGCCGGAUCACAAGCAAAGGCAGACACAUUCUUCUGGCGUCCUUCCAGUCUCUCAAUCCCACCACUAUCAAUAGUGCUGUGCUUCCCUUUUUCCCCCUUCACUUUCCCUCUCCUCUCGGCUUAUGACAAGGGCCAGUUGUUCCAGAGGGGUAAUUCAUGGAUUCUUCUUUAACAACUGCCUCUAGGGACAAAGUCCUGGUAAUGAAAAAUAGGUCCCUCGCUCACACAUUCAUACAUCACAUGUAAUAGAGGUGUGCAAUCACUCAGUCGAGUCAACGCACUGCUAGCUGUAACUGCUGUCCUUAACAGACACCUCAAAUAAUGCUGAAUUAAUAUUUUGAAACGGCUCAUAUAUCCUAACAUAAUACAAUUUGAAUGAUUUUCUAUUCAAUGCUCUCAGGGCUAACAUUGAUUGGAGCACAAGCUGAGGUAACUCUCCGAGUCAGUCAAUGUGAGGCUGACUGAAGGUUGUAGAUUUAGCACAGCACAUUUGCUCUCUUCUGUCUUUCGUGUCCUCAAUCUAUCAUCACUUUUUUUUUAACUUUGCCCCCCCUGCACUGACAUAUGUUUGAGCAAUGGGUGGGUUGGGAAUUCAAUGAUUCGGAGGAAACCUGAAGAGUAAACUACCGCUUUUUUUAUCUCCUUGAGCAACACAAACAUUUACAAGAGACCGUCAAGAAUCAGGCCAAACACCUUUUUUUUUUUAAAUGAAUGCAUUUAAAUUUGCGCACCAUCUUGAGAUAUAUUCUAUUUUGAAAGGUGAAGGAGUGACUUUAAGCUAUUUUUGUGGCCAAUUUGGUUGAAGGUGAGUGUCGCUUUCUUUUUAAACUACUUCCUUUUCCUCUUCUAAACUAAAGACAAACAGAGCUCGACAGACAGGUGUGGGUGCCUCUUUAUUUGCCCCUCUGGACUGCCUAUCUGGAGAAUGCAGUGUUGUGUGUUUGCAGGACA